CGCCCUGAGAUCAGAGGUGCCCCCGUUGCUUUCUUCUGCUGCCUUUUGUGCUCCUUGUGCACCUCCCUUCUCCAUAACCUGGGAUGAAACCUCCCCACGUGCUGGUGUUCCUUUGCCUCCUGGUGGCCCUGGUCACAGGGAACCUGGUCCAGUUCGGGGUGAUGAUCGAGAAGAUGACAGGCAAGUCUGCCCUGCAGUACAACGACUAUGGCUGUUACUGCGGCGUCGGCGGCUCCCACUGGCCGGUGGACGAGACUGACUGGUGCUGCCACGCCCAUGACUGCUGCUAUGGACGUCUGGAGAAGCUGGGCUGUGAGCCCAAACUGGAAAAGUAUCUUUUCUCUGUCAGCAAACGUGGCAUUUUCUGCGCCGGCAGGACCACCUGCCAGCGGCUGACCUGCGAGUGUGACAAGAGGGCCGCCCUCUGCUUUCGUCGCAACCUGGGCACCUACAACCGCAAAUAUGCCCAUUACCCCAACAGGCUGUGUACCGGACCCACCCCGCCCUGCUGAGGCUGUGCUCGGCCUCCUCCCUGUCCCUCGAGGUCCUGCCUCGGGCUGCGGUAGUCCCAGUCCUGGGGAACAUUGGCACCAAAGGCCCUCCCUCUGGAAAAUUCCUUUCCUGCAAACCCAUCCCUGCUUAGAGCUCAGAGAUAUGUCCUGGACCAUCACUAGCCUCCCAGGCUACCCCUUCUCCGUAGAAAGAACCCUGCCCCAGGAGCCAUGGAUCCUUCAGCACCCGGAAGACUGUCAGCAACUUCUGGGAUCUCAGCUCCCUCUUCUGAAUAAGUGAAUAAUGUUUUCCAUAAUUCUAAUAUUCUCUGAGUCUCAAAUUCUACCAGUCAUUCUAGGGUUUAAUUCACUAAAGUUUCAUUCAUUCAUUAUUUUUCUGAUCACCUACCUUGUGCUGACAACGUGCUAAGCAUUGGAAUAAUUUGGGAACAAGUCUGACAUGGCUGGCCCUGCCAGCAAUUCCAGCAUUAAAUUCUUUUAAUUUUCCAUGACA